AUGCCCACAGUCUGUAUACCGCCGCAUACAAAUCCGAAUAAGCUCGCAAAAACGAAAACACUUGGACCGAUGAAUACAGACCAAAGCAUCUCUCUAAAGGCGGCAAAUUCGAAGAAUGGGCCAUUCUUACGAGCUAGAGCCCGCUUAUUAGUGAAACUGCAAAUUACCCUAUACACUUGGGAGGAACUGGGACUUACUGCGCUGCCAAGACCUGUAUCCAACCAUAACCUCCGUCUGGCGGUACAGCCUUCAACCCCAUCAUUGAAGUUUGAGAACGAACUCGAGUGCGGCUGA